UUCCUCUGCAAUGGCUUCCACCAUUCUCCUUUCCUUUCUCAUCCUCUCUCAAGCUCUCCUCCUCACUCUCUCACCAUCCCAAGCAGCCCCAAAUUCCAAACUCUUCCGCGAAUACAUCGGCGCUGAAUUCAACAACAUCAAGUUCUCCGACGUCCCAAUAAAUCCAUCCGUCGAUUUCCACUUCCUUCUCUCCUUUGCAAUCGACUACACCACAGAUUCUCCUUCCCCCACCAACGGAAAUUUCAACAUCUUCUGGGACUCUGAUAACCUUAGCCCCUCCCAAAUCAAUUCGAUCAAGGCUCCACCUUUCGAUGACGAUGAAGUUCAAAGCCAUUACUUGGCUUUGUGGGGGAAAUAUGGGAAUGUUAUAGACUCUGUUAACUUCCAAUUCUACGCGUAUGAUCAGGGGACCACUGUAUCGCAAUUUUUGAACUACUUCAAUACUCAAAGCUCUAAUUAUGGGGGUGGUAAGGUUUUAGUGAGUUUUAGUACCGACGGGAGUGGUGGAUUGUCCCCGGAAAAUGGGUUCUUCACGGCUUGUGAUAGGCUAAGGAGUCAGGGCAAGCUUCAUGGGAUUUUUGUGUGGUCUGCCGAUGAUUCAAUGGGGAAUGGUUUCCGUUAUGACCGGCGAUCGCAGGCCUUGUUUGCGGGUGGCCAUUGAUCGAUUUCCUUCUACUACUUAUAUUUUAAUACUGUGCAAGUAAAUCAAGAUGUCUAGUGUGUUUCUGUGUGUAUGUAUUUGUGCUUGAAAGAAAUACUAUAGUGGGGUCCUGGGCAUAAAGUAACAUAAAUCUCAUAAUA